CUUUCCGGGGAUGCCGCUUCCGAAUAAGUGCCACCUAUAAUCAUCUAAAAUUAUCUGAUGACUCGAUGUCUAAUAAUAGAAUGCAAAGAAGUAAGUACUCGGCUGUAGCAAUUGUGUAGUAUCGGUGUUUAAGGCAAAAUAUUUCUAAUUAUUUGCAUCAGCACACAAAUAAUCACGAUAAUAUUUUUCUUUAACAUCAAAGAUUUAAAAUAAAAGAAUAUUUAUCAGUACAGUGCAAAGAGAAUACGUAGUUUUGUAAACAACAUGUUGCAAUGGGGUUCCAUACAGAAGUUCACGGGCUGUGAUAUCGGUAAAAAUGCAAAAUAAUUCCUAGAACAGAACUGACAAUACACGGUGGAUUUCACAUUUUGUUAAUCAGAUCGUUUAUUAAAACAUUUACCUAAAAUACGAUUACGUGAUUAAACUGAUGAAUUUUUCUUAAAAUAUAACUUGCAACAUUAUAUGCAGCUUUACCCGCGUAGUAAUACACUAUUUACAAAGGAAAGCGUGGGUCGGCAUUUUGUAAACACAGCGCAACGACAUCAAGAUUGAAGCAAAGAAGGCGGGACUAAUUCACACUUGACUUCACAGCUCAGGAUGGCUCAGAAGACCAUUUCCGAGUUAGAAGAAUUACCAAGCAGUAGGCCAACACCUAUUUCUGUGAGCCUAAUGGCCAAAGUCAUAAAAAUUGGCCAUGUAGCAAAGUUCAAAACCAGUAAUGGGGAAGAAGCUGAGAUGAUAAACUUCAGUUUAGCAGACAAGUCUGGUGCAAUCCUUGCCACCUGCACAGACACAAGUAAAGAUAGAAUGAUCAAAGAGGGAAAAACUCUUCACAUCAGAUAAUUUAUCCUCAAGAACGGCAGAGUGGCAAUGUCCCAUAAAACCAAAGUCUUGGCAAAACCUAACAUGGACAUUCCAGUUGACAUAUUACAAAAAGCAGAACACCUCAUUCUCCCUCCAUCACCUAUCAAAAAAGUAGAAGAGAUUUUAGCAUCUCCACUAAGAUCAAUCACAACCGUACAGGGACAGCUGUCAAAGAUUGAAUCUACUAAAACUGUGAAAGUGAAUGGAACUGACACAGUUAUCAGAACAAUUAGUAUAGAAGAAAAUGGGAAAAAAAUCGAUGUCACACUUUGGCGAGAAAUGGCGGAGGAAGACUUGAAAAUUGGGCAAUAUUUGUCCAUUUCACACUGCAUGCUUAAUGAAUGGCAGCUACACAGAAGUCUGAACACAACACGUAAUUCAAAGAUUCAGAUAAUUCAACCACUAACAACAACAGUGAGAGGAAACAUCGACUCCAUAACACUCAAUGACAUUGCAGUGGAAAUUGCCCUGAAAGAAGAUUCCAAAGAAGAAUAUAAGGACUUCUCUGUUGACUUGGCUAUCAUCAGAAGUGUAUUCCCAGAUAUUCUUCAAGUAAGAGUUGAAGACCUGGAGAACUACCUCCUUCAGAAACUACCAAUUCUAGUUGAACUAAUUGUUCAAGGAUCGAAUGUACAAAACAUGCACCUGAUUGAACGACCAGCUGGAUGUAUGGACUAUGAUGCUGAACAGUAAAGAACCUACAAUUAUAACUCAACACAUUCUCAGACUGAAAAUGUAACUGAAAUAUUCUGUCAUGACCAUGUACACAUAGUAAGGUAGUGUUGAUUAAUUUGGGGGAAAAACAUUUGAUCCUGUCCUUUUGUUUUGGAUUUUCUGGUUGUUUGUAUCAAAAUUUUGAUUUACAUUCACAAUGUCUCAUACUUUAAAUAUGCUUAAAUAUUCAACAUAUAUUGCAUAUAUGUUGCAUAUAUUGAUAUGCAAGUCAUGCAGCUGUAUUUUGGAUGGUUAGUUAUGUAUUGUAAAAAAUGCAACUGUAUUUUGUACGGGUACUUAUAUUUCGGAUUUUCUGGAUUUUUGCAUUAGAAUUUUUCAUUAAUCCUAAGAUGACCCAUACUGUAAAUAUGAUGGAAAUAUUUUUCCACGAGAGAUAUAGAAAUGCUGUUGGAUUUGUAAAUCAUGCAACUUUAUUUUGUACAAAUAUGUAGUUCUAUAUUGUAACUCAAUCAACUGUAUUUUGUAUCGGUACUUUUGUUUUGGAUUUUCUGGGUGUUUGCAUCAAGAUUUUUGUUAACUCUCACAAUGACUCCUACUGUAUAUAUGGGUGAACUAUUUAGCCAUGAGAAUGUACAAGUAUAUAAAGUAAUGUUUGUUUUGAGAGUUAUGCAACUGCAUUUUGUACGGGUAGUUUUGUUUUGUAAGUCAUGCAAGUGUAUUUUAUACCAACAGUCUUGUUUUAGAUUUUCUUGAUGUUUUAGUUAACCCUCACAAUGACUCUUACUCUAAUUGUGUUUGAUAUGUUCUGCCAUGAUUAUGUACAAGUAAAUAUAGUAAUGUUGUUUGAUAUCUAUGUCAUACAAAUGUAUUUUGUACAAGUAGUUUUGUAUUGUAAUAAUUGCAACUGUAUUUUGUACCUGUACUUUUGUUUUGAAUUUUCUAAAUGUUUGCAUGAAGAUUUUGAUUAACCCUCACAAUAACUCAAACUAUAAAUGUGCUUGAAAUAUUCAGCCAUGAGUAUGUAAACAUAAAUAUAGUAAAGUUAAUUGAUUUGUAAGUCAUGCAACUGUAUGUUUCACAUGUAGUUUUGUGUUGUAAAAUAUGCAAAAGUAUUUUGUACCGGUAGUUUUAUUUUGGAUUCUCUGAAGGAUGCAGUAAAAAAUGCAACUGUACUUUGUACCUGUACUUUUGUUCUUGAUUUUCUGAAUGUUUGCAUCAAUAUUUUGAUUAACCUUCACAAUAACUCAAACUGUACCGGUAAAUAAGCUUGAAAUAUUCUUCCGUGAGUAUGUAAUCAAAAAUAUAGAAAAGUAAAUUGAUUUGUAAGUCAUUCAGUUGUAUUUUUUACAGGUAGUUCUGUUUUGUAAGUUAGGCAACUGUAUUUUGAAUAGUUAGUUUUGUUUUGUUAGUCCUGCAACUGUAUUUUAUAUCAGCAAUCUUGUUUUGAAUUUCUUGAUGUUUGCACAGGUAUUUUUUACGGGUAGUUUUGUUUUGUAAGUUAAGCAACUGUAUUAUGAAUAGUUAGUUUUGUUUUGUUACUCCUGCAACUGUAUUUUAUAUCAGCAAUCUCGUUUUGAAUUUCUUGAUGUUUGCAUCAAGAUUUAUUAACCCUGACAAUGACUUGUACUGUAAAUAUGCUUGAAAUAUACUGCCAUGAGUGUGUACAAGUAAAUAAAGUAAUGCUGUAUGAUUUGAAAAGCAAUCUACUCUUAAUUUUCAACAGAUUUCCCUGUGUAGUUUUCAUUUUUUAUUUACUUUCGAAAUUCCAUUGGGCUUUAAAACAUGUACUUAAAAUCCCUUAACAAAGGCAAACACUAUUAUUGUAUCUGGAAUAUUUUGACAUUAAUAUGUACAUGUUGUGUAACAUUUUUUUUAGUUUAUAUAGUAGUUAAUUUGCUAUAGUCUUUAAGUUUUUUUGCAUGUAAGUGAUGUACAUAUUUCAGUCUUUAAGUAGUCAGUGGAUCUGCAAAUCAUUUGUGUAGAUUUCAUUGAGACUUCUCUUUCUUGGGUUCAUGUUCAUUUUGGUUUGUCACAUUUUUGAUGUACAUAAACUGCAGUAAUAUAUUCAAAAACGCAAAUCACAGUUACCAUUCAUUCCAAAAUUUACUUUAUACCAUUUUAUCGAAAUGACACCCGUAAUCUUUAUUAAAUUUUGUUAACGUACAAAACUUAAUACAGUAUGCCUAUUCAUUUUCUAUGCAUUUCAAUUAAAAACUGUGUCAAACUACAUUGUCUGAUUCUUUGUUGUUGUUUUUUUUUGUACUGAAGUUCGAAAACACAUAACCAGCAAGCAGUCAUAAUUAAUGUAAAUCAUAUACAUGUAUACGACUAUUUGACGGAUGAAUCUAUGCCUGGCAGCAAUUUUAUACUCAUCUUACAGAUUUCACAUCUGAACUUGCUGUAUCUAUAAAAUAUUUCUUAAGCUUUACAUAUAAAAUUAGUUUCCAUCCAAGAUUAGC